CCAGCCAUGGCCGUGGGGCCCUCCGGCAGCAGCAGCCACCGCCUCCUCCUGCUUCUCCUGCUGCUGCCGCUGCUCGGCCUGCGCGGCCGCGGGCAGGGCUUCGGGCAGACGCGCUUCAUCUGCACCUCGGUGCCGCUGGACGGGGACAUGUGCGCUGCCACCGCGCCGGGCACCGGCUCCGCCGAGGAGCUGAAAAGCACGGUGCUGCAGCUGCGGGAAACGGUGCUGCAGCAGAAAGAGACCAUCAUGAACCAGAAGGACACCAUCCGUGAGCUGACAGCCAAGCUGGGCCGGUGCGAGAGCCAGAGCGUGCUGGAGACGAGCCCCGCCGAGAAGGGCGGCGGAGCGGGCAGGAAGGGUGGCUUCUCCAAGAACACCAUGGGCGACCUGUCGCGGUCACCCGCUGCCGAGACCCUCAGCCAGCUCGGACAGACGCUGCAGUCCCUGAAGACCAGGCUGGAGAACCUCGAGCAGUUCAGUAGGAUGAACUCCUCCAGCCAGACCAACAACCUGAAGGACAUCCUGCAGAAUAAAAUCGAUGAUCUGGAGCGGCAGGUGCUGUCGCGGGUGAACAGCCUGGAGGAGGGCAAGUUCAACCCCAAGAACGAGUCUGAGGAGCGCGGCAAGAUCGAGAGCACCCUCACCUCGCUGCACCAGCGCAUCAGCGACCUGGAGAAAGGCCAGAAGGACAACCGGCCCCCAGACAGGUUCCAGCUCACCUUCCCACUGCGCACCAACUACAUGUAUGCCAAGGUGAAGAAGAGCCUGCCCGAGAUGUACGCCUUCACUGUUUGCAUGUGGAUCAAGUCCAGUGCCUCCCCUGGCAUGGGCACCCCUUUCUCCUAUGCUGUGCCUGGGCAGGCUAAUGAGCUGGUACUCAUUGAGUGGGGCAACAACCCCAUGGAGAUCCUCAUCAAUGACAAGGUGGCCAAAUUGCCCUUUGUUAUCAACGACGGCAAGUGGCACCACAUCUGUGUCACCUGGACCACACGGGACGGCGUGUGGGAAGCCUACCAGGAUGGCACGCAGACUGGCAAUGGCGAGAACCUGGCACCCUACCACCCCAUCAAACCCCAGGGGGUCCUGGUCCUGGGCCAGGAGCAGGACACGCUGGGUGGUGGGUUCGAUGCCACGCAGGCCUUCGUGGGGGAGCUGGCCCACUUCAACAUGUGGGACAGGAAGCUGAGCCCCGGGGAGGUCUACAGCCUGGCCACCUGCAGCUCCAAGGCACUCUCGGGAAAUGUCAUCGCGUGGGCUGAGGCCAACAUCGACAUCUAUGGCGGGGCCACCAAAUGGACUUUUGAGGCCUGUCGCCAGCUCAACUAGGGCCAUGGACAACCCAGAGAAACCUCCUCAUCCGAUUGCAGAAAUCACCCCCAAGCCCCCACCACUGAGCCCACCCCCCGACCUGGGUGGCAGUGGAGGAUGAGGCAGAGAAUGCACACAAGGCUCCAGAGCCUCCCCCCGACCAACUCCAGAGAUAUGGCAAAGAGAUGCGCAGAGCGGAGGGGCCCGGAGGGAGCCGGGCAAGGCCAAGGCCACUCCUGGCCGGGAGCACAGAGCUGGCCCAGCCACUGCUGCUACAGGGACCCAAAGCCCAGACGAGGAGCAGCACAGGCACGAACACACCUUACAAUCCCCCCUGGAUCAAGAGACCUUCCUACCAACUGUGGCUCAGGGCAGCAUCUUCUGAAACUGUGCUCUUUUUAAAAACCAACAACCAACAUCCUGAGUUCCUUUCAGUUCCUCCUUAAGAACCUGUUCAAGCAAAGUGACGAAGCACAACCUGCUGAGAAGAACAAGACCACCAGAAAGGUCCAACCUACAGCCCCAGGUGCGUCAGAUUUGCCAAAACAAACCCCAACAAACCAAACCAAAACCCCCGGAACAAGUAAGAGGGUGUGAUGUCAACUCAAUGUAUAUAGUGUACAGUAGGGGAGAGAAUAAAUGUAUCUUAAUUUUGUCAUUCUUUUUGCUAACCAAAGCUGUACAUUUCUCCUGUUCCCUGCUCUCUGUCUCCUUCGGGUUUUGAAUGGGUUAUGAUAGACUCCGCAGCCAGUCCGCAGCAGCAGCUCUGACAGUGCACUGUUUCUACUGAUUCUUCUCAUGCUUUUUCCAUUUUAUUGCUGGGAUUACAUGAAUUGUUGACUUUAUUUUUACACAAUAAAGAGGUGAAGAA